CCGAUAAACAAAACGCGAAGAAAAACACGGAAUAACAGCGUCGCGUUCCGCAGUGUACGUCAACUCGGCCGCGCAGUCCGUCCAAGUUCGCCGACAGUUUCGCGUCCGUUUUCCGCCGUCGGUGGUCGUUUUUUUCGUUUUCGUUUUCGCGACUGUUUUGUACGGACCGAAUUCGAUAUUAUUGCCGUCGGGAUAUUGUCGAAUCGGUCAACGCAAGUAGUAAUAUUGUUGUCAUUAAAACGCCGUCGGCCGUUUCGCUUCCGCGCUGCGGUUUGGUUUCGUCGAAACGUUGAUUGUUUUUAAUUUUUUCUCUCUUCUUUUUAUCCGACGAAUAUUAUUACCCUGUCCGGAGUAUUACGUACGUAGGUAUACACACACGCAUAUAUAUAUAUAUAUAUAAAACCCGGAGCCUUUAACGGCGACGUUUUUUUUUGUUUUUCCUGCACGUCAGCCCGGCAGCACUCCACGUAAUAUACCGUACAAUGUAGUGACGCCCGUUCCGACGAUCCGUGUCCCGUAGAAACCAUCGCGUUUGCAACGUAGUAACAAAUACAUUGUCGCUUUUCUAACACACGCUAUUGAUAUUCGAUCGAUUUGCCCGCGCCACCCGCCCCGAAUGGCGCGCGUAUUAUAAUAAUAACAACACGGCACGUCGUUGACGCAGUUUCCCAUUAAAGUCGUCGUUUUUCACACCGUUGUUUUGCGAUUGCUAUUGCGCACUGCGAUGCCGGAGCCUGCGAGUUCCGAGAAAGACUAUAGGUAUGAUUGACACGAAUAAUAAUAAUAACAACAACAACAACAACAACAACAUUAAUCGCCGGCUUUAUUUUUCUUCUUCUGUGUUUCUAUCAGUUGCGUCGUUUAACGUGACGUUUUUAAUAUUUCACACUUCCUUUGCGUUAGUAGUUACAUUUCAAUAAAUAAAACCAUUGAAAUGCCUACGUUUCAAUUGUUGUCCGAAAGGUCAGUAGGAUAUCGGCUCUUCACUCUGUCAUAACUUGAGGCACAGCAUUGUCGUUUCGUUAUUUUUUUUCAACAAGUACCUACUUAUUUCUUAUAAACGCUUGGACUUGCACGCAUUUUCGCUUUAAAGGCAUAUCAUUAUGAUAACAGUCAAAAUUAAUGUUUGAGCAUACUCAGAUGAUUUUGUUUUACGUGUUUUCAAUUUUCAAUAUUUUUGUAUUGGAAUAAUAAUAUACUAGGUAUUUAGUGUUUUUUAUAAGCCAGGCUUAGUGGUUUAGAGAGCUUAUUUUAGUUCAAUUUUAACAAUAUUAAAUGCUCAAAAUUAAAUAUAGGCAUAGAUAGAUAAGUAUCUAUUUACCGACUUCCAAAUUUAUUUUUAUUCAAAACUUGUAAUUUAACAUGUAAUCGGGCAAGUACAAACAUAAUAAUCUUACUGUCAGUUAAAUUAAAAAUUGAAUUUUAAUUAUGAUAAUAAUAAAAAAAAAUAAAACAUUAAAAAUGUAACCGUCGACCAAUAUUAUUCCAUCAAUAAGUAAUAUUAGGUAGGUAAUUCUUAACAGGGUUGGUUGGUCAGUAUCUAUAGAUACAUGUAUUAAUGAUUAAAUGGUAUCUAUUUGCGCUAAAAUCUACUUAAACAUAUUCUGCUAUAGUAAAAACAAUUCAAAAUCCAAAAAGGUUUGCGUUUAAAAUAUUUGAAAAUACGUUAUAUUGUUAAAUGAUGUUUAAUAUAAAAUCUUAAUUUAUUACAGGCAAAAAUAAUUAUUUAAUUAAUUUAUUAUAAAUUAAAAUAAGUGUUAUGAAUUAUAGCAAUAUAUUCAACAAAUGAAUGUUGAAUUAUAAAAAUUACUCAUCUUAUAUUUUUCAUGUACCUUUGAUACUUUUAGUAUGUAUCAAGAUAGGCCGACGAGGUACAUGUUUGAAAAUGUUGCAAUGUAUUUAAUCAGUUGAAUAUCUAAUUUUCUAAAACAGUGAAAUUAUCCUUUAAAUAAAAUAAUUUUGGUAUUUAUUAUCCUUCAUUCGGAAUAAAAAUCACUACAUAUUAUUAAAUAAAUAAUUAGAAAAUAAACAUAGCACACCGGAUUGAAUUCCUUUAUUAAGCUAUACUUUUAAAAUAGGUACAGUUGAUGUAUUUUUGAUUGAAUUUAUUAAAUAUAUUGUAUAUAAAUAAGCUUUACUAGGUAUUGAUUUUAUCAUAUAUUAAUCUAAAGUUGUAGGUUUUAUUUAGAAUUUAAUUUUUAUUUUUGUAGAAUGAAAAAGCGUAGUUUGGCUGGUAACAUAGCCCUUGGCUUGUUCGUUUUGGCUUUAGUGUUUGUUUUCAUUGCAUUUUUCUCAACAAGUUGGAUAGUCAGUGAUCCAAGAAUUACAGGUAUUCACAACAUUUUUUUUUUCUUCAAAUAUUUCUAUUUGUAUGUCAUUGAGUUAUGUAUUUUUAUUUGAAAAAAAUAGGCGCAAAAUUAGAAAGUUUCGGACUAUGGACUCACUGUUUUCGCUCAUUACCAGAUCCAAACGACCCAGCAGAGCGAAGAUUUUUUGUUGGAUGCCAUUGGAUAUUCGAUCCUUUCACCAAGGGAUACGAUGAAAUUAAAGGAUUUUUGUUGCCAUGUAAUAUUUAGUUAAUAUAAAUUAUAUUUUUGAUAAGAAUUUUAAAAUAUUGUAAAUAAUUAUUUUGAACUUUUUUAUAGUUUAUAUAGUGGCAACUCAGUUUUUUUACACCAUUACAUUCCUAGGAACAUUUUUAUCUGCCAUUGGAUCGUCAAUGUUUCUUUUGUGUUGUACGCCUGAAGAAAAGCGUUUCAUACAAAUAACUUUUGCAUUGGGAAUAACAUUGGUCGUAUCUGGUAAAUUCAAUUUCUUUAUUUUUAUCAUUAGAACAUGUAAUAUUAAUUACCAAAUAAUUAAUGUAUUUAUUUAUAUAUAUAUAUAUAUUUUUUUUUUAGGUAUAUGUGCUGCAAUAGCAGUGUUAAUAUUCGCUUUGUUUGCUAACCGACCAGGGUGGAUGCCUGGCCAUGAGAACAACUUUUUUGGUUGGGCAUUUGGUGUAGCUAUUGCAAGUUUCUUUGCUUUACUAGCAUCUGGUGCUUUUUAUUUGGUUGAAACAAAUAUACAAGUAAAAAAACGAAAGUAUUUGAAAGAAUCUCAAACUAAAUUUAACAUGGAAACUAAAACAUAAGAAGUUCUAUUUUCUAUUUUGAAAUUAUCAAAAAUAACCUAAAAUUAUAACCAACAUUUAACUGUUAGACAAUAUUUUUAAUAUGAAUAUUCAGCCCAUAAAAAAAGUAUAUAGUUAUUUGAAUAAUUCAUUAAGAUGUAAUUUAAAUUUUAAGAAGUUAAAUUUAUUGACUGUUGUUGAAAUCGAUUCCGUCCAUUUAAAACGAGUAAUUUAGUUAAAUAAUUUGUUUUUUCUUCCUUAUUUAUUUAUACAUUUAUAUUAUUUUAAUUUCCACGUCUCAUUUAAUUACUUAGCAUGACAAAUAAUAUAGACAUUUUUAAGAAAUCUGUAAACAAGCCAACAAUUUUAAGUUUUAAUAAUUCUAAAUAACAAACUUAUUACAUUGUUAUAAUAUUUAGUUUAUAAGAACAUCCUGUGCUACAGUUACAGGAUUCAUCACUGUAAGGAAUGAACACCAUUUAAUUUUCAUUUUCAUUUUUUUUUUGGGGAGGCAAUCUAUUUUCUUGAUGUAUGUAGUUAAUAAUUAAGUUAUUUUAGUUAUUUCAAAUUUAAAUUUCAUCCUAUCCUACACAUUUUUGUAUUAUUAAACUCUUAACCAUUGCACAAUUAAUUUAAUUCUAGUGUUCUUAAUGAUUAUUUAUCAUUAAAUGAAAACUCUUAUACAUUUCCAACAUUUAUAGAAAAAUAAUAAUCGAGUGAAACAAAAAGCACUAUAUUAAUUUGUUUUUUGGAGAGAUAAUUUUUUUACGCUAUAUAGUUUAUACUUUAAUCCCGAUUCACACUAGUCAUGUUGUCCAUCAUGGCGAUAGUACAUAAUAUAAUAUAAUAAAAUGUUUACUUUAUUCGCUGAUCCACUGCCAACCAAUGUUAUCCACUACUAACCAUGGGUUAUUUUCUAGUUCUAUUGAUAACAUAGAAAACAUUAGCUAUUUUGUCAUUACAUUUCAAUACUUUAUAUUUUUUGACUACUUUUUAUACCUACCAGCAAGUACGGAAAGAAAUCAGCGAGCCACUGAGAAAAUCUCGGUAAGCUGCGCAAAAUCAUACUUGUUAAUUAAAUUUAUAUCAAUUAUAUCCAUUUUGUAUAAUUUGGACUAAUGUAAAUGCAAAUACUCAGUGGGCCGGUUUAUUUCUUUUCCGGUGUUUGCUGGUUCCGUGUUCAUACAACAUUAAGCAUACUGGCAUGGAGUAGCCUGUUAAAAUAUUCUUUCGAAUGUUUGUUGGUCGUGAUGGUGCGGUGUCAGCCAUAUGGAUGUGUGACACCAAUAAUAUAAUACAUCUUGUUGUGUUGAUAUGAGCCAUGUCAAUUCCGUCCUGUACUGGUCUAGUGUGAAACGAGCUUUAUUAAACCUAACCUUUACUAUAAUAUAGCCAAAAUUGCAAAUUGUUGACUCAUGAAAUUCAAACUAAUUGUUCAACAUCGAACAGAUUAUUACUAUAUUAUCAAUGAUUAUAUUGUUAUAUUAUUUUAUAUUUAAGAACAGUAUUAAACAAAGUUGCUGUAUGUCAUGAAAUAUAUUAUUUUUAUAUCAUUUUGUAUAAUAGAUAAUAUUAAGUACAACAAAUAUUUCUAAUAAAGACAAUGAUAAUAUACUAUGAUUUUUUAUUUUUUUUUUAAUAUUGUGUAUUAUUUGAAAUUGAUAUGAUUAACUGAAAAAAAAAAAAUUGUUUUUAACACGGAGAGAUUGUGGGACAUUGUAUAUAAUACACACAUGCAUAUCAUAAUAAUCAGUUUGUACAAAAUUAUGCAGUUGGAAAUUAAUAUGCGAUUAGAAAUAUUUAGAUUUUUAAUAUACCAGCUUGAUUGUUUGAAAAAUUAAAAAUCCCAUGGAUCGACCAUGGACUAUUUUAUACUUGGUUAAGUUUCGUGUAUUUUUUUUAAAUUACAGAUGGUGAAACAAUACUUCAUAACAAUUGUCGUCCUCGAGUGGUAUUGUAUUUUUUCUCGAGGUUUGUGAGCGUUUUGAAUACGAUUUUAAUUAUAUGUAAAAGAAAUUGGUAAUUUUUUACCUACUAAUAUUGUCCAUCGUUUGGUUUGAUUCGCAUAGAUCUAAAUAUAGUUGGUACAACAAGUAUUAGUGAUGAAAAUCCAAAAGCAAUUUAAGCCACUUAAGAAAUCAUAUAAGUGUUAAAUAUUUUUACAGUAUAAAUCCGUGUACCUAAGUAAAAUAUUUUUAAUGAAAAUGUAAAAUAAAACAACAUUAAAAAAAUUAAACUGCUUUUGGAUUUCGGAUUUGUUGAAAUCCGAAGCAUUUUAUAGUUAAUGUUAAGAGUUUUUAUUUUCUAAUUUUUAUCUAAACAUUGAAUUAAGAUACACGGCUUUAUAUUGUAAUAUUAUUUAAUAUUUGUAAGAUUUUCGAAAAGGCUUAAAUGGCAUUUUUUUUUUUUGAAAAAUCCGGAUUUUUGGAUUCUCAUCACUAACGCGUAUACAUUUUCUUGAUCAAAACGAAGUUGAAAACCGGCGAAAACGUAAGAAUAUAAAUAUAAUUAAAAACGCGAACUGAAAAAUCAAACAGUUUUUAAAACGACAGAUCCCAAAAACCAUUCGCUUGCCGCAGAGAAGAUUUCAUUCGGGUCAAUUUUAAAAAUUUUUUAGCUAUAAAUUCACGAAUUUUUGAAUUAAAAAUAAAUUCGUAAAGAUUUUCGUAAUGCUUACGAUAUGUUUAUAUCGUUUAAAUUUGUUUAACCGCACUCAAUUUUUUAGCUAUUGACCGUAGCGAGGAACUCGCUGGUUUUACUAUGAUGUGUCUUUGUUUUUAUUUUUGUAGUGUGCGAACAACUUUUUUACUAGAAAUCUCACUCCGAUGUACCCACAGAGCGUAGCAACUUUUCUGAAAGGUAAUUUUGUUUAACUGAUGGAUUAGGGAGGUCAUUUGUGAUUUUCUAAGUUUUCAAAAUAAUUGGGAAAAACCCGAAAGGUAUUAUUAGGCGUCGUUAUCGAUUUCAUUUAUAAAAUUAACGUUUUCUACCAGAAAUAUUGAUCCAAUCGAAAAACGAUACAAUUUAAUUUAAACGCGCCAUUUUUAAACAAUAACAAAAUCCAAGGAAACAGAAAAAAAAAAUCAAAACUUUCAAAACGGAUCCGGGUUCCUUCGUUAUCCAAAUCGUAUUGUAAAUUUUCCGCGUUCCUUCUCUGAUAAACUCUAAUGUGAACCGUUCAUUUAUCUUUGUCAGCGAUUAUUAUAGUAAAUCUUUGUCAAACGCUAGACCUGUGACCGGUUUUUUCCGUUGACAAAUGUUUGCAACGCAUUUUCGAAUUCCGCCGCGCAUAUUCGACGGACGACCGCGUGGCGAUCCGGGCAAUAUGUUUGCGGCGGGCUAGUCCUAAUAUCAAACGGGGGAAAAGAACGAUUUUAUUUUUCAUCAUGACCCUUAUCUAAUAUGAUGUUCAGUUCGUAUCCAGUUACAAUAGUAUGCGAAUAUUUUGUAUGUCUAAUCGACAGGAGUCAAAAAAAAAAAAAAUAAAAAAAAAUAAUAAUAAUUCGCGUAACGAAAAAAACGCAACUUUUUUUUUCAAAUUGAAACAAUUGAGAACAAAUUCUCGUUGUGAAGGGAAUGCGUGCAGGAAAUUAAUUUAUUUCGCGAGAUGAAAACCGUAUAUAAGUGAAUUUGAUUUGUUUUUUUUUUUUUUUUUUAUAAUCAUUGUGGAACCAUUUAAGAUUUAUUUUCAACACAGUUUUCAAUUUUUUCACCUUUGUCCUUUAUACCUUUAUAAACGAGUAUCCAUUUUGAAAUAUUAAACAUAUUACGAAUAUGUUUAGCUGAAUUACAGCAAAAACAGAAUUGAAAAUAAUUGCAAUUUUAUUUCUUACAUUUUCCCCUUUUUCCUAUGUUGUUUCCCAACUAUUAUGAAAGCCGUUUGGAAAAUCGAAAAUACAUCCAAUAAGUAGUACCGCCCAGAUAAAAUUUUCUCUCAGAAAAGAUACUACGCUUGAAAAUAGGAUAUCUGAUAGAAAAGCUGUUCAGUAAAAAAAAAAUAUAAAUAUCAUUGUCAAACUAUUACAUACCUCGCUCUGCUCAGAAUCUUAUAGAAUAAAUGUAUUAAAUUAAUAAUUUACAAUUGUGAUUAUUGAUCAUAGGUGACACCCAGUGGUGUUUUGGAGGGUACACGCGGGUAUGCGACGUAUACCCGUGGUGAACCAUUUUGGUGGUUUAGCGUAUACUUGAUAAAAGGAACACCAAUACGCACGUAUACGCUCGCAUACCUACUUCAUAAAUGGAAAAAAAAAAACAUUAUCAACAUAAAGAGUAAAUCUAUAGGGCGUACGUUUAUUUUUAGAAAAUUUGUUAUUGGUAAGCUAAUAUUACUUAAUAAUAACCUUGACAAUUGGUUAUUAUUUAUAGCUAUCGAUUAUCGUCUAGCUAUAUUCAUUAGGUAUCUAAUUAUAAUAUCUACAAGCGGCCUUUGGACGUUUCUAUACAAGAAUAUUCUAGAUAGCGUGGCAAAUGCUAUUCCGAGUGCUGACUUCCUACUCGACGCCGUUAUUAUUUAUUUUACAUUUUGUUUCUAUAUAAUUUUUUUUUUAUUUUCGUGGCUUGUGAAGUUAAGUGUUAAGUGUUGACAAUAUGGAUUCUACACAUACACGCACGCACGCACACACACACACACACACACACACACACGAAAAAAAAAAAACACUUUAUUUUCUUAUUUUUCUACAAAUACAAAAAAAAAAUCUAUUUAAAAAAUGUUGAGCUAAGUAACUAUAAAAACUAAUAAGGUAAUACAUUUUAAAUUGUCUUUAUUUUAUUAAUUCGUUUAUUUGUGCGCUAUUUAGGUGGCGUCUAAAGAAGUAGAAGCUCAAUUAUUGUCAUCUAUCACAUAAAUAAGGGUAUAAGGUAUAUUGUUUUAUUUUUCUAUUAUUUGUUAUUAUUUUGUUUAUAAUAUAACAACAUAAUGACAUAUUCAUAAAAUUGUUACUAUAUUGUAACUAAAUUGUUACUAUAUUGUUAUUAUAUUUGUUUACUUCAUAUAAAUGUUUUUCACAUUUAUAUAAAAAUUAUAUUCUUUUUCGAUUGUUAUAUUUUCUAUUUUCUUUUUUUUAAAAACACGUAGGUAUACAUUUGUAUAGAAAAAUGCANUUUAAAUUUUGUUUUUUACAAUAUAGGUACCUAUUGCUCUAUAACAAAAUGUAAAAACUCCUAGUACUAUACAAUGCUUAAGUAGUUCAUAUAAGUACAUAUAGUUGCAUAUUUGAGACUUAAUAAAACUAAAAUUACAUUUUUAGUUAUUUUUCUCAUACUUAAUGAGCAAAAUGUAAUUUAAAAAUAAUUAUUUGUUUUAAUUUUAAAAAUGCAUGCAGUAAAGGAUUAAAACCGUUUGGUAGAAUUUAAGUUAAUAAGUUAAUAGAAAACACUUCACGUUUCAAUUAUUAUUUAUUUGAGUCAAAGUAGUACAUACUGUACUAAUCUAAUUUGUAUAUUAUACUACAUAUACAGAUUAGAAACAAUAAUUUUAAUAUUUUAUUUUUCGUGAUUAUUAAUUGUGGUAAUUUAUUAAAAGUUUCAACCAUCGUCAAAUAAUUUGAAUUAAUUUAUUUUUAAUAAAUAUAUUAAUUAAUAAUUAUAUCGGUGCCAAAUAUCUCUUAUUCAAGAUCCGGAAAUUCUGAAUGGUACCUGAUCUAAUUAUAUACUUAGAUGGUUUUAUUUGAUGUAGGUAAAUGAAAAUCUGUUUUCCGAGCCAUCUUCUCCAUCUAUUCAAUUAGACAAUGUUUAGUCUUCUGAAGCUGACUGUCAGGAUUUACUGUGGCCAUCUGAAUGGACAUCAGUGCAAUGGACAUUAAAAAAAAAAAACAUUAAAGGACUUUACUGUGCUGAUGGAAAAACUAGAUGUGAUAUAUGCAGAAAAGUGAGUAAAUUAAAAACCCCUUAAAAGAUUGAAAUAUCUCAAGAAUGGGCAACAUGUGAAAUUGAUGGAAGAACAAAUACUAACAAGAAAACUCGCCUCACUGUUUUAAGAAAUAAACUUGAAAAACAUUUUGAAUCCAGCGCACACAAAUCUGCUGUUCAAAUAUUAGACAAUAAAGAGAAAAAUAUGUUGUCCAAGCUUAUGGAAGAAAAGGAUUACCAGAUAAACAAAGCUACACAUUUUAUUUUCCGCACUGCUUAUUAUAUAGCAAAAUAUAACCGUUCAUUUGAUGAUCAUUUAAAACUAGUGCAAUUACAAGAACUAAAUGGUAUAAAAUUAGGGUUUAUCCUCCAUUCUAGACACUCAUCUACCAAUAUUCUUCAACAUAUUUCUAAAGAAAUGAAACACAAAAUUAUUAAAAAUAUUAUUGACACAACUGCAAAAUGUUUCAUACUAAUUGACGAAUCAACUACUGUUACAUACACUCAGUGAUUUAUGAAGCAUGGUUGUUAAAUUAAAAGUAUCAAUAUCGAAUAAUGAACCUCUGUUUAUUUUUUUUGACUUGGUUGAAUUAAAAAUCAAACCGCAGAAAAUAUUGUAAGUCAAUUAAUUAACUCCUUACAUACAUCAGGGCUUGAUGAAAACUAUUUACAACAUUGGGUGUCCUUUGUAAGCCACGGAGCAAGCAUUUUUUGGGUAAAAAAAAUGGUGUUGCUAAAAAACUCUAGGAUUAGUACCCACAUAUCUUUAGUUGGCACUGUAUGAAUCAUCGUCGUGAAUUAACAGUUAAUGAUUCACUCAAAGAUGUAAGCGCUACUAAUCACUUCAAAUGUUUUAUAGACUCACUUUAUGUUCUAUACAAUGCAUCUUCUAAAAAUCGAAUGGAAUUAAGAGAAAUUUGUCAUAUUUAGAUGUUUUGUUUUUAAAAAAUUGGUCGGGUUCUUAACGUUUGUUGGGAUGCUAGUAGUUGAAGAGCAGUAAAUGUUGUAUGGAAAAUAUUUCCUGCACUUUAUAAGCAUUUGUAUACUGCAUCCAAUGAUUCCAAUAGAGAUUCUAAAACUAAGAAUAAACACAUAGGAAUCCUUAAAAAAUUAGCUAGCCC